CUUGGCUAAUAGCUAAUGGCUACUCCCAUUCGCCGGCAUAUCUUCCUCUUAUCUUCAUCCUUCACUGCGAGUACCAGAACUAUGGCGUCUUCUCCCACUCCCAUUUCUCCACUAUCUUUUACCAAUCCAAUAUCAACAUCAAGAACGAAACCAAAAUCAUUACCAUUUCCAAACAAACCGCCGUCUUCAUUGCCUCCUGCGUUGAACUCCACCCCCAAACCUCCGCCCAAGGACCUUUACUUCAACCACGAUGGCUCUACUUUUAAAAAACUUCAGGUCGGAGUUAAUUUGGUAGCGGAGCUGGUGGGUAUUACCUUGGGACCGAAGGGGAGGAAUGUGGUGCUUCAGAAUAAAUAUGGACCGCCCAAGAUCGUCAACGAUGGUGAAACCGUCCUGAAAGAGAUUGAGCUGGAAGACCCUUUAGAGAACGUUGGGGUGAAAUUGGUGAGACAAGCUGGUGCUAAGACGAAUGACCUUGCUGGUGAUGGUUCCACUACAUCUGUCGUUCUUGCCCAAGGAUUGAUUGCUGAGGGUAUGAAGGUUAUUGCAUCUGGCAUGAAUCCUGUUCAAAUUGCACGUGGGAUUGAGAAGACUGCAAAAGCACUAGUUUCUGAGCUGAAAUUGAUGUCAAGAGAGGUUGAAGACCACGAGAUAGCACACGUGGCCGCAGUUAGCGCAGGGAAUGAUUAUGCUGUGGGAAGUUUGGUUUCAGAUGCCUUUCGUCAAGUUGGAUGGAAGGGAGUCGUCCAAAUUGAAAAAGGGAAGAGUGUGGAUAAUAGUUUACAAAUUGUUGAAGGGAUGCAAUUUGAUCGUGGAUAUUUAUCCCCAUACUUCGUGACUGAUAGAAGGAAGAUGGUAGUAGAAUUCCAUGAGUGCAAGUUACUGUUGGUCGACAAAAAAAUUUCAGAUCCAAAGGAGAUGUUUAAAAUAUUGGACAAUGCAGUGAAAGAGAAAUACCCAAUUGUGAUAUUGGCAGAGGGCAUUGAGCCGGAAGCUCUGGCUCCAGUAAUUAGGAAUAAACUUAGAGGUGUGCUGAAGGCAGCCGCUAUCAAGGCUCCUGCCUUUGGCGAGCGCAAGAGUCACUAUUUAGAUGACAUAGCCACUUUAACUGGAGCUACCGUGGUCAGAGAAGAUAAUGGAUUGACGUUAGAAAAGACAGGCAAGGAGGUAUUGGGCUCCGCUUGUAAGGUUGUUAUAUCAAAAGAUUCCACACUGAUAGUUACAGAUGGGAAUACUCGGGAAGCUGUUCAGAAAAGGGUCUUACAAAUUCAAAAGCUUAUGGAGAACACUGAGGAAAAAUUUCCGAAGAAGAUAUUGAAUGAGAGAAUUGCAAGAUUAUCUGGGCGAAUUGCAAUAAUUCAGGUAGGAGCACAAACUGAAGUUGAGUUGAAGGAUAGACAGUUAAGGAUCGAGGAUGCUUUGAAUGCAUCAAAGGCUGCUAUUGAAGAAGGUGUUGUUGUUGGUGGAGGUUGUUGUCUUUUAAGGCUGUCUACAAAGGUGGAUGCUAUAAAAAAUGUCCUGGAAAAUGACGAGCAGAUGGUUGGAGCCGAAAUUUUCAAAAGGGCUUUGAGUUAUCCUACAAAACUAAUAGCGAGAAAUGCCGGUGUCAAUGGAAGUGUUGUUAUAGAUAAGAUUCUAAGUAACAAUGAUCUGGAUUAUGGAUAUAAUGCCGCCACAGACCGUUACGAGGAUCUAAUGAAAGCUGGUAUCAUGGAUCCAUCAAAGGUUGUUAGAUGUUGCCUGGAGCAUGCAGCUUCUGUUUCCAAAACUUUCCUGACAUCCGAUGCUGUUGUAGUUGAUAUGAAGGAAUCACAGCUCAUCCCAAGAAGAACACCGAUGCCAAUCUCAGGAGGCGUCGGACAAUUGGGUCUCUAGCUGGACGGACAAGAUCAAAGUAUGUCGGAGUAUUCUCAAGCCGAAGGAAUUCUAGGGGAGUACUGUUUUUAGACAGCUGCCCGGUAUUUUAGUCACCAGACAAAUGGUUGCAGACUCUGGAGCCACCAUUAAAAGGGCAUGUAGCCCAAAUUGUAGCAAUAAACUUGCUGAUAGAAGACAAGUUGAGCAACAAAGUCAAAGACAAGGAGGGUGAUAAUUUAUAGAGAGAAUGCCCUCCCUCUCUUCAUAGACGAGCAUUUGAUUACAGUAGAACAUCCACAAGUCAAUAAAAAAUUUGUCCGACUAAUGUUGUAAUCUUACAUCCAGAAUGACGAAUCUAUCAAUUUUAAGUACUAAUUUAAUUC